AUGACAGGGAGAAUACCAAGAUCGAAGCAAAAAGAGAAUCGUUCUUCAUCUAACUCAAAUUUUCAAAGUUUUCCCACUAAUUGUGAUGGAGAAUCAAUUUCGAACAAUUGCUGUAAUAGAACUAAGUGCACAUGUACAUCUUUUUUAUGGAGAGGUGUAAAUGUGGAUUUAGGAACUUCUGAUGAAGGAAUGUAUGGAGAAACUAGGGAAAAGGGAUUAAGAAAAAUAUUUUUGAAAAUGGCUAAAUAUGGGUUGGAUAACUCUUCAGUUUUGUUAGAUAUAGGGUCUGGCAGGGGAGUACCAAAUAUUGUGGCUUCAUUUCAGAAUAAUUUAUUUUCAAGUAUUGGUAUUGAACUCGAUGAAAAGGCAUUUUUUUUAUCUCUCUCAAACCAUUUACACAUUUUAGAAUCUAAAGAAAAGGUAGUUGCGGAUCCUACUAUUGAAAAUUCUAACGUUUAUUCAGUCCAUACUAAUUCAAAAGUCAAUAAGAAAAUUAAUAUUGGAUUCUUUAAAGGAGACGCAACUAUAUUAGAAACUUUUGAACCAGUUACUCACAUUUAUUCUUUUGAUGCUGCAAUGCCUAUUUGGAUGAUCAAAAAGUUUGUUGAUUUGUUUAAUAUGAGUAAGACAACGUAUUGCUAUGUCUCAUAUAGAAAGGACUUAAUUGAAACACUUAGUAUAAAGGCAAAGAGGAUACAUGGAAUACCAACUCAAAUGAUGGGUUCCGGAGAAGGCCGAAUGUGCUGGCUUUAUCUUAAAAACGACUGGAAAGAAAUUAAAAACUAUGCUAUGUUGCAAAUUGAAGAUAAAUAUACUAAAACAAAAAACAUUGAGUUAUUUGAUUUGACAAAGCUAACAAAUAUUGACGAAAUUAUUAGAUUUUCUAUCUGUAACUCCAAUAUUCAAAUGGACUUGAUCAAUAGCACUUUAAACUAUUGGUUUAAUAAUAGAAAAUCAAGAAAGGAGUGCCUAAAAGAAAGAAAGAUUAUGAACGAAAGACAUAAAGAAUUAAAACAAUUAUAUAUAAGAGAAAAAUUAAUUAAGAAUGACGCUUUACAAUUGACACUUGAGGACGUUGGAGUUAAAAUGGAAUCAAGUCCCCCUUCAGGUAAUUCAAAUAAGAAUAUUGGGAAAAAUAAAUUAGAUUUUGUAUCUAAAGGAUUCGAUAGCAAUCUAAAAAAUAAGGAUGAAUUUUCUAAAAACUGCGGGUCAGAAGAAAAUUUCGAAAUCAAAGAUGGGUUGCAUAUCCAUCCAACAAUAAAAGUGGUAGAUCCAUCAAAGCUGUCCCAAAAAAAAAGUAAAGUUAAACGAAAGGUGGCUAGCCCUGAAAAACUGAUAUAA